AUGCGACCCGUCCCUGCCACUGCUCAGCGGCUCGCGAAGGCUGCGACCACAUUGCUGCACCAAGGAGGAGCGCUAUCCCAGCACGCUCGCGCGUUAUCGUCAGUGGCAGCUACCAAAGAAACCGAUGUGUCCACUCCAUCGCGUCGCUGGGCUGCCAUCGCCGCGGUGCUCGUGGGUGGCGCGGCGCUCGGAGCGUACACUGUCGCAUCUAGCGACGAGAACGUGCGCUCGUUGCAUGCGCUGCUGUCGCUCGGCAAAGUGCUAAGUGACAUUCAUGGUGCUUCGGAUGCGCUGGACACGGCCACGCACAACCUUCCAGACGCCGGCGCCAACUUGGACGAGCGCGCCAGUUCCAUUCUCGUGGCCAUAGCGAAGGAGCAGGUGUUCCGCCAAGCAGUGGUCGACCACGGCGGCAUGGCCGUACUCAUGGACACGUGCAUGCAUACCACCGAACCAAAGUUGCAAGAACGCAUUGUACAAGCCAUCGCAGCGCUCGCCAUCACGACUGGCGCCGACGACGUGUUGGUGGAUAUUGAAAAGAGCUCGCACUUGUUGCUGCAGUUGUCGCCAGCUAUCGUGCACCGGCAGCCACACGAUCCGAAGCCAGUGGCCAUCUCGUCGCUCGAUUUGGUCCAACUCGAGGCAGCGUUCACUCGAAUUCGAGAGAAAUGUUCGUCGCCGGAUAGUCCCCUUCGUCCUGUGUAUAAUGCCAACGCCACCGACGCCAUCAUGGACCGGUUGUGCAAAGUCAUCGUUGGGUCCACGUCCAUCGACUUUAAAUUGUUUAGCAUGUGGGCAAUGCGGGCUUUACUGAAUCACUUGGAAGGACAUAACCCCGACCUGUUUCACGCCGUCGGAGCGCACUUGAACUUUCACUUGUCGUCUGCUCUGUUUGCCAUGACCACACAGCAACAACCAAGUCCCCUUCUCAAGCUACAUGCCGCCGCCUUGCUCGGUGCCAUGAUGCGAAGUACGCUGCAUCCCGUCGCGCCCAAGUUUUGGUGUCAUCAGGUGGCGAUGUGGGCUCGGGAUACAAGCCCCGACAUGCAGUUGUUGAGUGCACAGUGCUUGGAGCUACUCGCGCAGCAAGUUCCGGAAGACUUGCUGCGCUCAACCACAGCCCACGACGCCUUGUUGCACUUGGCGCGUAUCACCCGCGAUGGCGGCAACGCCAACGGCACAGACGCUCGAAAUUCACCGUCUCGUAGCUCUGACAUGGCCAUUCAAAUCCACGUCUCCAGUGCCGUGCAUGCAUUGGCCGAUGUGCUGCAAACAGAACUGCACACGACCGUUGAGACGCCCAUGGCCAAAGUACUUGGGCAUCUGGACGACAUCUUGCCCGAUGUGAAUGAGUACGAUAUCCUGCCAAAGUACGGCUGGGUGGACGUCCUCGCCGAGUGGUCAGUGAGCGCACACCCGGUGGUGAGCGCCCACGCCGUCCAAAGUUUGGUACAUCUGGCGUUGCAACCGCGGCCCGACCAUCGCGGCCACUUGGUGUUGCAAGCGUGGAUGGUCAGUCUCCUGCGUCACUUGGCUACGAGCAAGGCCACGUCUCUGGAAAGCCGGCGAGCAGUUGCCAACGUCGAGAGCUUGGCCAACAUGACGUCUGACCAACCCCCCGGGCAUUUGCAUGUGCCCUACCGAUCGCAAGUGAUUGAAAAUGGCCUCGCGGCACUGGCAGUGUUAGUGAACGACGACGCGGCUGCCGGUCGCGCGUUUGUCACCCAUGGCGGGCUAAACCUCGUCGCAGUCACUGCGAUCAAGUCGUCAAGCAAAGCGAUCAAGAGCCAAUGCGCUCGAGUGAUUGCCAAUCUGGCCGUGCACCACCGCAACAUCCACAGGCAGCUGGAGGACGUGCUGGGGGGCGCGCUGUUCAGUCAAGAGUUGUUGCAUUGGGCCGAAGAGUCCAACGUCGUCGUUCGGUCGAGUUACUUUCGCGCGACGGCCAACUUGGCUGCUUCGUCCUCCGUGUCUACGACAGUCGAGUCGCCGCCCGUGUAUUACAAGGACGGGUUAUAUCCGAUCGUGCCUCGAUCCGCGAUAGCCAACUACAACAAUCACUCGACCACGAAUACACCCCCCAUCGACGUUGUAUUUGUGCAUGGACUGCGGGGGCACCCGUUUGGCACCUGGCGCACAGAUAUGGGGGUGUCUGGCACGGAUGUGGACAUGCUGGAACGCAGUACGAUGUGGCCAGAAGCGUUUCUCAUGCGCGAUUUGCAUCCCGACUCGCGGCUCGUGACCAUGGGCUACGACGCGGGCAUGUCCAAAUGGAGUUCUCCGUGGCGAGCGCUGACACUCGACGAAAGAGCACAGGUCAUGUUGGACGCCCUGAACGCCGCGCGCAUUGGCGCGAACGACCGACCGGUGAUUUUCAUCACACACUCUAUGGGCGGACUCUUGGUACGUCGUGACCCCCACGAGGUGAAGGAGAUGCUGUGGCGAGCCGAGGUGGGCGGGCAGGAGCUGGCGCGGCGGACGGCGGGCGUCGUGUUCAUGGCCGUGCCACAUCUGGGGGCGAACCUCGCCAAGCUGAACAACGACGCCCUUCGGAAGCUCAUCCAAGCACACCCGGCGACAAAGGACCUGAAUGCAAACAACGCCCGGCUCAUGGCGCUGAACGCGGCGUUCGAGCGGCUGCACAUUCCGUCGCUGAGUCUCGGGGAAGGGGCGCCGGCGCCGCUGGGCCUAGGUGUCAACCAUUUGAUUGUCAAGCCAGAGUCGGCUGACCCGCACAUCCACCUGUCGACGUUUCACGAGAUUCCGCACGCCCACCACAUGGACAUUUGCAAACCCCCGACCCCCACCGACCCGCGGUAUACGUUGGUUCGCGAAUUUAUUGCAACACAUGUCCUCCCUUCACAGCGUCACGACGACGAUAAGACGGGCGAAGUAGAAGUGUAAUCGCCACAAUGUCGAUUGAAAACCCCCACGUUUUGAGACUUGGGAAGGAUGGGUAGUUGACGGGAAUUAUUGUGUGUUGUGUAUGAACACGUCAAGAUAAAUAAUAACGUAGCAGCUG